AUGAUUGUGAUUGCUAAUACUCAGUAUCUUUCUAGGUCUACUCCUUUUUCAUUGUUUCUCAAACGAACAAGCGACUUCGAACUUUUGGUGAAAAGAGCACAGGAGCGCGAUGUCCGUUUGGUUAUGAACGGUGGAGGCCGAAAUGACAAAUGCAAGUGUCAUUACAAUGUAGAAAAGGACACAAUUCUUUGGACUGUGCAUAUGACUUUGGAAAAAUAUAAAGAUGAUAAACUCGAGGAAGAAACCUUCUAUUUCGACGAUGUCAGCGAAAAAGACAGUCUACAGCUGAUAUUACGAAACCUUGUGGAUUUUGUCACCAGUCGUCAGCGAUCGCUAGCUGAUGAAUUCAAGAAGCAAAUAAAGCAUGGAGUAGUGAGAGACGUAGAGUUGUGCAUAGUGACUCCGAGAGUUGAAGGUGACAAACUCACAGCAUUCAGGUGUGUCCUUUUAUGA